AUGAAGCCGCAGGGCGUCGCAACUCGCUGUCUAAGAGCUCCAGCCACAACCGUAUGUGAGGAGAUAGGUAGCGAGGGCCUGCCACGUGGCCAGGUAUCGCCAGCUGGAGGAGCUAUUUCAGUGAUCGGGUGGCAGGCCCCGCAGACCGCCACCAGACGUAGCCGCCGCCCCCGCUCUCCUCGAUACUCUAAAAAUAACCGCACCGUGCAUUCUUGGGCGAACGAUGUCGAAUUUUUGUCAAGUACGUACGUCCACAUGCCGUUUGUUUUGGCCAAGAACGACCGCAACCUUCGACCGUUCCACUCUAGCCGGGUGGUGGUGGGCAGGCGCAUGCGUGGCCGCCGUGUUGUUCUGCGCUGCGGGGGCGGUCGCGCGACCGCACCUGCGCCGGCGUACCGUCUCCGACGACCCCUGAGAGCAGUGUGUUGUGAUUUACAGAUGCUCUCGGUUCAAGUGCCGGGGUGCGCGGGCAUGGAACGGCUGGGCGCGCCGGGGGGAGCGCGUCUGCGUCACGACCACAGGCACCACCAUACAACACUGGAAUGGGAGAAGCAGCAGAGACUGCAGGCCAUGGUGGGUCGCCUGCAGGAGAUGGUGGAGCAGGAGACGAGAGCUCGCUCCGCCGCCGCUGCGGAGAGGCUCGGCCUGCCGCCCAGCAUACAGCUGCCCGACGGAGAAUACGGCCGGGACGCACACCUCCAGAUACGAGUCCCUUAUCAGCAAGACGAGCUGACGAGAAGCAGUUUCCAACCUCCACCGAACAAGUGCGUGAGCGACGUGCCGGAGUGGGCGGGCGUGACGGACGCGCCGCCGGGCCGGCGGGCGGCUGGCGGCGGGCCGGGCAAGAAGGACGGGCUGCUGCAGAAGGCGACCCGCUGGUGGGUCCGCAUGGGCGCGCGGCCGCCGCCCGCCUUCCUGCCAGCCAGCGCGCCGCCGCCCUGCGUCAUGGUGCCGCGCCGCACCGCGCCCUCGCCGCCGCCCGACGCGUGA